GCACAGACACGCACACGCGCACACACGGACACACACUCCGGGGACGCACACCCGCGCGUACACACGCAGAGGCAGCUCGCCUUCCUGCCUGGCUUCCUUCCUGUCUGCUCCGUGCCUGACAGGCCCCUAGCUGCAGGCAGGGGCUGCCCGCAGCGGGCAGAGGCCGGGCCGGGCCGGCGGCGAGGGCAUCGGGGGCCGCGGGCGGCGGCAGCGGCUCAUGCCCGGCCUGUCCCUGCGAGGGGCGGGCACCGUGACUCGGCUGGGCCCCCAGCGGCGGGCGAUGUGAAGAUGUCAGUGGGCUGUGCCUGUCCUGGUUGUUCCUCAAAGUCAUUCAAGCUGUACUCACCGAAGGAGCCCCCGAACGGCAACGCCUUCCCUCCCUUUCAUCCCGGCACCAUGCUGGACCGGGAUGUGGGCCCAACUCCCAUGUACCCACCUACGUACCUGGAACCUGGGAUAGGGAGGCAUACACCGUACGGUAACCAAACUGACUAUAGGAUAUUUGAGCUUAACAAACGGCUACAGAACUGGACGGAGGAGUGCGACAAUCUCUGGUGGGACGCGUUCACGACUGAGUUCUUUGAGGAUGAUGCCAUGUUGACCAUCACUUUCUGCCUGGAGGAUGGACCAAAGAGAUACACCAUUGGCCGGACCCUGAUCCCACGCUACUUCCGCAGCAUUUUUGAGGGGGGUGCCACGGAGCUGUACUAUGUACUUAAGCAUCCCAAGGAGGCAUUCCACAGCAACUUUGUGUCCCUCGACUGUGACCAGGGCAGCAUGGUGACCCAGCACGGCAAACCCAUGUUCACCCAGGUGUGUGUGGAGGGCCGGUUGUACCUGGAGUUCAUGUUCGACGACAUGAUGCGGAUAAAGACGUGGCACUUCAGCAUCCGGCAGCACAGAGAGCUCAUCCCCAGGAGCAUCCUGGCCAUGCAUGCCCAGGACCCCCAGAUGCUGGAUCAGCUCUCCAAAAAUAUCACCCGGUGUGGGCUGUCCAACUCCACUCUCAACUACCUCCGACUCUGUGUGAUACUCGAGCCCAUGCAGGAACUCAUGUCUCGCCACAAGACCUACAGCCUCAGCCCCCGAGACUGCCUCAAGACCUGCCUUUUCCAGAAGUGGCAGCGCAUGGUAGCGCCUCCCGCGGAGCCUGCACGACAGCAGCCCAGCAAAAGGAGGAAACGGAAGAUGUCAGGGGGGAGCACCAUGAGCUCGGGGGGUGGCAACACCAACAACAGCAACAGCAAGAAGAAGAGCCCAGCCAGCACCUUCGCUCUCUCCAGCCAGGUACCUGAUGUGAUGGUGGUGGGGGAGCCCACCCUGAUGGGCGGGGAGUUCGGGGACGAGGACGAGAGGCUCAUCACUCGGCUGGAGAACACCCAGUUUGACGCGGCCAACGGCAUUGACGACGAGGACAGCUUUAACAACUCCCCUGCACUGGGCGCCAACAGCCCCUGGAACAGCAAGCCUCCAUCCAGCCAAGAAAGCAAAUCGGAGAACCCCACAUCACAGGCUUCCCAGUAAAGGCCUGCCAUGGCCGCCCAGCGCUCCGCCUGCCCCACCCCUCGCAGCCCCAGGGAGCGGAAGACAGAAGGAAGAGACUGAGCAUCUGAAAUGGGCAACCUCCGUCCACCCGCUUCAGGGAGGAACUGGACUCACUGGGGGCAGGUGCCAAGAUUUGCCCCUCAGUUGCCCUGGGCUGGGCCUGGCCCCUGCAGAGCCUUUUGGGGGAAGGGGGUACUCAUGUGGAUGCCUAUGUGGACCCUGGGCCUCUGAGAAAUGCCCUGACCCUCCUCUCCCCAGGGCAUUUGCCCCCAUUCUCACCCCAGGUCUGGGUGCCCCAUCUUCCUGAUUUACCCCUUUGAGCCUGGAGUUUAUACCCACAGCCCUUAGGGGCAUCAAGUUUGGGCCGUGGUUGAAUGCC